GAUGGAACCGAAAGAUGAUUGCCUUAAAACGUCGUAUUUCCAGACGAAGACGCGUAUGUUGGAGAUCGUGCAAGAAAGUCUUCGGAUUAAACUCGAGGUCAACUCAAUAAAAGAAGCCUUCCUAAAUGUUUUGCAAAUGCAAGAUACAUUUGAAUCGAAUGGUAGAUUACCAAAAAUAAAAACUUCUAUUGACGAGGAUUCUAGUCUACCAGCAUCAAGAGCCCGUAUUAGAGCCAUGUACGAGGCGCGAAAAGCGCGGUUAAGAGCCCGUAACGCAUACAAAAGGGAUAAAGAGAACACCGACCCUGAAUUGGAAGAAAAAAUUACCAAAACACCUAAUAGAAAGUGCACUUGUUCUGCUUCUAAAAUUUCACCUAAUGGCCGAUUAACACCAAUUAGAGAAGAGAGACAGAAUAACAACAACGUUGUGGGUUAUAGGGAGAAAAAUUAUUACAGCGACGGUGAAUACGUGCAACUUAAACCUCCUGGCAUACCUUCAAACGAUUACGUGAAUAUUAGAACGGAAAAUGCCGAUGGCGCAGCAGAGGAAAGUAGUUUGUGGAAUUGUUCUCCGGCUUCAGUCUUACGCACGAAAUAUGCUACCUCCGACGCUAUUAAUCAAAUGUACCUAUCGCCGAAUAGUACUUUGCCGUCUUUGCACGAAAUAUCUGAUAUUUCGAGAUCGUCUGUUGACAGAAAUACCUAUCCUCUUCAUUCGACACUCAAUUAUCCACUUCAUUCUACUCUCAUAUCUGAGAAUAGAACAACCGCAGCAGAUAAUUGUAAGAAACGCUUAGAAGAAGAUGAUAGUGUUAAAACACUUGACAAGGCUGCGAUAAGAAGCGAUAGCUUUAGCGGUAGUUCAACUUCUAGGAGUUCCAGUUCAGGCUCCGCAGCACCGGGAUUGUGCAAAGAGCACGGUUUGCAUCCUACUUUCGGUGGCCCUUGUAUAUUUGAACAUAUUAGACCGAAUAAUUCUGAUGAUGCGGACGAUGAACGAGAAGAUGUACUGGAAAAUAACAAACUCUUGGUUCCCACCGAUUACGAUAGUUCAUACUUAAGUGAAUGCGCCGACACAGAAGAUCACUUGAGCGAUCACCACGAUGUUAUUCAUGUUUACGAUUCCACUGUCGCCCGUAUGCGUGUGCUACGUAGACAAACUGGACAAACCUCUUUGGGCGGGCACCCCAGGGGAAUGAUCGGGCUCUCUGAAUCUGAUUUGUUCGAGUCAUCAAAGGCUUCGAAAUCAUCUGUUAACGCAACAAGAGACUCUAAGGAACCUCAGCGGCCUCUAUCUAUUGCAACAACAACUACAUCAAAUACAGAUAGUCCAGAAUCAAAUCAAUCUCCAAUAGCACCGGUUAACUCACCUAAUAUAACUGAUUCCGGUUCAAGCAGACCCACCACUGAUAAUUACGAAUAUUACGAUGUCGAACAGCCAACGUUCAACACCAUUCCUCAUAUUGCCAGAAAGAUAUUAAAAUAUGAUAAAUUAAAUGGAAAUCUCUGUCAACGUAUUAAACGUGAUGAACAUGGACAGUUCAGAGUUCCUGAAAUUCCAACUGUUCGCAGGAAACCUAGAAGGAGUGAAGCUACUUGGACAAGAGAGGAUGAAGACCAUAUAUACUUUUACGAUAAGCAUGGUUUACCAAAGGCCGCUCUUAGACAGAAUAAUGAUAAAAGGUUACCGAAAAGAAGGAAAAGGGAGAUACGUAAACGAUUGGAACUUUUCAAUUCUAAUUUACAUCAAAGGACUAGUGCAAAUUUUUCAAUUAAAGUUCUUGGUGAGGUUUAA